CCCUCCCCACUUCUGUGACCCAGAAACAACAUUUCCCGCGGAUGGAGAAGCAAAGUGCCGGCAUGGCGGACGGAGCAGGAGGCACUAAAAAGGCGCAGAGCUCUCCGAGCAAUGUACCAGUCAGUGGGGAAAGCCUGGACAGUCCAUCAGGUUCCCAUGUGGAGUGGUGUAAACAACUGAUUGCAGCCACCAUCUCCAGUCAGAUUUCAUCCUCAGCACCAGCAGACAUCCACAGAGACAACAGGCAGGAUUCACUGGAUGAAGGGCUUUGUUACCAUGGAGAGAUUGACUCUGAGCAUCCCUCCAGUGUUUUGAACCUUCCAGCGUUAAGAUACAGCGCCCAAGUCAAAAUGUUCCAGAAUCAGGUUCCACUGCUCCCAGGGGAGAACAUUCAGACUGCAAUCCAGGACGUGAUGUACAUUUGUCCAUUCAGUGGUCUCCUCAAUGGAACUCUGACCAUCACAGACUACAAGCUCUAUUUCAGCAGCAUGGAAAGGGAGUCUCCAUUUGUACUUGACAUCAACCUGGGAGCCAUCAGCCGCCUGGAGACCAUCAGUAUCCCCAACCAAGGCGAGAACACCAAAGGGCUGGAGCUGGUCUGCAAAGACAUGAGGAGUCCCAGGUUUGCCUACAAGACGGAGACAAGUCAUCCGGAUGUGGUAGAAAUAUUGGCCAAACAUGCUUUCCCUCUGUCACACAACCUGACGUUAUUUGCUUUCCAGUACAAGGAGAAGUUUCCCGUGGAUGGCUGGAAGGUAUACGACCCCGUAGCAGAGUACAAACGUCAGGGUCUCCCCAAUGAGAGCUGGACCAUCAGUAAAGUCAACAGCACCUAUGAACUGUGUGACACGUACCCCUCCCUGCUGGUCAUUCCCACUAAUGUCACUGACGACGACAUCAAGCGAGUGGCUGCCUUCCGAGCUAAGCAUCGCAUUCCGGUCUUAUCCUGGAUCCACCCAGAGUCCCAGGCCACCAUCGUCCGCUGCGGCCAGCCAUUAGUCGGAUCCUCGGACCGUCGUUGCAAAGAGGACGAGCGAUUACUCCAAAUCAUCAUGGACGCCAACGCUCAGUCCCACAAGCUCAGCAUCUUUGACGCCCGCCAAUGCAGCGUGGCAGACACCAACAAAGCCAAAGACGGUGGCUACGAAAGCGAGAGUUUCUACCCCAACGUGGAGCUGAACUUCCUGGACAUCCCCAACAUCCACGUGAUGCGUGAAUCUCUGAGGAAGAUGAAGGAUGUUGUGUACCCCACCAUCGACGAAGCCCGCUGGCAUUCCAAUAUCUACCAGACUCACUGGCUGGAGUACAUACGGCUGCUGCUAGCCGGAGCAGCCAAGAUAGCCGACAAGCUGGAGUCUGGGAAGACAUCUGUGGUGGUCCACUGCAGCGACGGCUGGGAUAGAACAGCGCAGCUCACCUCUUUGGCCAUGCUCAUGUUGGAUGGACACUACCGCACGCUCAGAGGCUUCCAGGUUCUGCUGGAGAAGGAGUGGAUAAGUUUUGGACACAAGUUUGCUGCUCGUGUGGGUCACGGCGACGAGGACCACGCCAACUCCGAGCGCUCGCCUCUCUUUGUUCAGUUCAUCGACUGCGUCUGGCAGAUGACUCGACAGUUCCCAGCAGCCUUUGAGUUCAACGAGCUGUUCCUGGUCACGGUGCUCGACCAUCUCUACAGCUGUCUCUUUGGGACCUUUCUGUUUAACAGCGAACAGGAACGCAUCGCCAAGGAGGCCCACACCACGACAAUAUCCCUGUGGUCCUACAUUAACAGCCAGCCGGAGGACUUCAGCAACCCCUUCUAUGUGGACUACCAGCACCAUGUUCUUUAUCCUCUGGCCUCCUGCAGACACCUGGAGCUGUGGAACACCUAUUACGCUCGCUGGAACCCCCGCAUGAGGCCACAGGUGCCGGUGCAUCAAACUCUAAAGGAUCUGCUCUUUUUGAGGGCAGAACUUCAGCGGCGGGUGGAUGACCUGCAGAGGGAGGCCACCACCCACUCACUAUCCUCCGCCUCUGAACACUCCCCCUCACACGGCACGGGGACGCCACUGCACACCGUUGUCUGACGUACACACACAUGCAUACACUCUGUAUAUAUGGAGGUGGCUCUGCUUAAUGUUUAAACCCCAUUUUUAUGUGUAGAUUUAAAUAAGGGACUCUUCCGAUCCUCUUCAUCACUUUCACGUUUAAAUCUUUAACUACAACUUGCCCGUAGUUUUCCCUUUAUGUGUACUUUUUAAAAUUUAACUUUGCAUGGCAAAUGAGCACAUGAUCUAAAAUGUAAAUAGGAAAAAUGUGCAACUUUUAGUUUUUUAAUUUCACUUGUCUUCUUGUAACUCAUAUGCUUGACUCAUUAAGUCCCUACGUGACGUACGCUAUAUGUUGGAGUGGUCAUGUGACCAUCCCUGUAAAGCAGGGCUGUCAAACCCAUCAUGACAUGGAUGGCCGUGACAGCAGGUUCUCUUUCCAGCCUGGUCACCAACGCAGAUGAUUUUAAUGAUCAACACCACCUUCAAUUUGAAGGAAGGAGCUCAACAAUCAAAUCACCUGCUGGAGAAACUGAUUGGAAAGAAAACCUGCAAAGCUUGGGCCCUCCAUUGACAGGUAUGCUGUAAAGCAGGGGUCUCAAACUCAAUUUACUUGGGGGCCACUAAAGCUCGGGUCUGGGUGAGACUGGGCCGCAUCAGGUUUUCAAAAAAAAAAAAAAAAACACAUUUAUUAAAAACAAAUUUUUUUUUAAAACUUCACUUUGGUUCCAAUUUUCUACAAGAAAAGCUCUGAUAAAACAUUCCACUGUUCUCAAAUAUCUUACUUUUUAUUUUUCUACACAAAAUGAUGAAAAAUAAAUAAACAAAUCAAGAAUAAAGAAAAUCAAUCAAUCAGUAAUACAUAAAUAAAUAUAAUAAUAAUAAUAAAACGGCAAGUAAUAAAAACUUAAGAAACCACAUAUAGUUGGUGGGUAGACAAAUUAUUUUUUUCAGAUUGAAAUUAACAAAGCAUUAUUAGAGCCCUGUAGACAUGACAAAACACCACUAUAGUCACAUAUUGCGCAACUGCAGGGUCUUGAGACACAUGCUAACUCGCAAACUAGAGAGCUAGCGACCUAAACGGUAGCCUUCAAGUUAUUUCCUUUAAACUUAAAUAGCCAAAAACUUACCACUUCCACAUGGAUAGGGAGGAUAAGUUUGAGGGGGCCUCAAACUAGUGUCCUGUGGGCCACAUUUGGCACGCGGGCCGCGUGUUUGAGACCCCUGCUGUAAAGGAUUCCCCAUAGUGGCAGCAUUGCAGGUAGGCUUGCUAUUUUUUUUACAAAAGCAUUUUUUUGUGCUAUUGACGCUUAUUUUUAAAGCUCCAACUUACACUUUUUUUUGUCACCCAAAAUAUAUAUAAACCCACCAUGACCGGCUGGCAUAUAUUACCAAUAGUCGAAGAUUAAGAAAUAUUCACGGUUUAGAUCCCGCUCUGUAAAAUAGGGCGAGAUCCAAUCUGGCUGCACUGCACCUCACACACGCGUGAUUGAUGGAUCUCGGUGUGGCGGCGGCUGAUUAGUGUGACUUUGGGGCGGGGCGACGGUCUCAGCAGCACCCCCUGCUGCUUAGUGAGAACACAAAGGCCAUCUUUGGCAGUAAAAAAAAAAACCCAACAAGAAAUAAUGUCAGUCUUCCCCAAAGGCUUUAUUUAUUCUACGAGUGCUUACUGUUGGCAUGAAGUGAAAGAUGUUGGAAUAAAAGAGGGACCAUGGACACAAAAUGAUGAAAGAUCGGAACAUUUUGUUGUCCAAAUCGCUCGACAAUAUGUACAUGAUGUCAUAUUUACACACAGGAAGCAGAUUGUACAGGUGCAAGUAUAGGAAAUGUACCAUUGUGCUGAUAAAAUGUCAUGGCGUGACUUCCAAUGGUUUAGUAAACAAGUGCACCAGGAAGUGAGACACAUUAUUUGUAAGGUCGGAGGUGCAUAAAUGCUACACUUUCAAUCCAAAUCACUCAUCAAUCAAUUUGUUACAUUCUUUAGUGCCUCGUGUGCAAGCAUGUGAUUCUGAAAGUCACUUUUAAAUCAGCCAUCUUUGGUCAAAUCCAAAUUUGCAGCAAGAGAAAACGACACUGGCGCUAAUAUGAGUUAUGAUUAUGAUGAUUCUAUCAGAGCUCUAAAAUGACAGUAAAUAGCGGAUACAUUGCGAAAGGCAGUCCAGAACACUCUUAGCAAAAGGUAAAAAGUGUAAAAAACGAGGAGGUUAAAGGUUAAACACCAAAAUGGCUGUGUCACAAUAUGCGUCGAACUUCCGUACUUCCAUUUCGCAUUGUGAGUGCAUGAAUGGGUUCGCACAGAAUACGAUAAAAUGUCAGGCACUGUCGGUACCUAGCAUUCAAAACAACCGCAACAGUCAGUGUGUAGUGAUGGACACUUAUUAAUAUAUUAUGAUUAUGUCAAUAGUCGCCAUCUUGGCUCCAUAGUGGUAGGGGAGGCACUAACUUGAGUGGUUGCAAUUAAAAAGGAGCGUUGACGUGAGUAAAUAUUGCGAUUAUUUCCAUGCGUAACAACAUUAAUAGUUUUGGGACUUAGUGCACUCGGUUACUAAGUACACAGUGUAGAGUGGAUACUUAUGGAAGUGCACUGACUGAAGUGUUCCAUUUGAGACACAGCCAUUAUUGUUGUUGUUGUACCACAGUGCUAAAGCUAAAUAUUGCAGCUACAGUCAAACUAAAUGUCCAUUCUAGUCAGCUAAACGAACUUUUGAACUUUGUUUUAUCUUGCCUCACCGGGAAAAACAAUCAAUAAUCAUCCAAACUUCUCUACACGUCCGUUAUGGGGGCAUUGCUGUGAGAGGCAAAGUUGGCAAAAAAAAAAUUAUUUACAUUUUAGAACAGGGGCAUCCAAAGUGGUCCACAGCUUGAUUUUUAUUGGCCGGUGACACAUUGUAGAAUUCAACCAAAGAACCCGGAAAAAUGAACAAGAAGGAAAUUUCAAAAUAAAAUAAGCUGAAAUAAAUUUGAUACAAAUUUUAAUUAAGGUUUUAUAAGCCUUUUUACAAAAUUUUGAAAUACAUAAAAAUUCUUUGAUAUUCAGUAUGUGGGCCUCUGUGGAAAAAGUUUGGACACCCCUGUUUUCGAAGAAGCAGCUCCAGUACCUGUUCCUUCUACUGUACUGUUAACUGUUAUUUUUGUUCUUUUAAAAAAAAGCAGCAAAAAUUACACAACAAAUGUUUGCAAUAACAGAAAUAAAUAAAUAAAUGUCACAUUUUGCAGGAAUUACAACACCUUAAUCAGUCAUCAGUCAAACAUUAAUGAUGCUAACGCAUUAUUAAUGUAGUUAUAGUCAAAUAUUAUCCAGUUAGCAGUGGCUGUGAGUUAGUAUAUGUGGUUCAAAUAGGAAAUUGUUGUUUAAAUAGUAGGAUAUGUCAGUCAAAAAAUCCUGAAUAUGGAUCCUCACCCUUUUUAAAAAUACAUUGGUGGCUGGGAAUCAAUAUUCCGACAAGGUUAGCUACUUCAUUAAUUCAUCAUUUCUGCAACACAGUGCACUCCUACAUAUGAUCCGUGUGUGUGUGUGUGUGUGUUUGAGCUACACAACAUUCUCUUCUAUGCGGGGUUCAGCACUGGCUGGCUCCAGAAGCGUUUGUUGGACUGUAGAAGUAAAAAAAAAAAAAGCCAUCCAUCAGUUGUUUACUCGGUUAAUAGUUAGGUGUUGUUAUGAGCUAGAAGAAUACCUUGUGGUUCUGUUGCCACCACAGCAUCUGGGUUGUCAGCCUUCACCAUCUCAGCAUUCAAGCUCUCUGUGGAGAUGUAAAAAAAGAAAAAAAAAUCCUGACUACUUCUAUCAUCUUCUACAUGGAAGCACUUUAUGAUUCUUACGUUGUAUGCUGAAGCACAAUUUCUUCUUCUGGUAAGAGAUGUAGCUACUGACAGCGCCCACCAGCGCCAUAACGACGGCACUACCAAUACCCGCGAUGGUGCCCACUUCUGCUGUGGUAUCUGCACACACACACACACACACACACACACACACACACACACAAUCAGGACACACAUCACAUACAAUAAUGUACAGACACCAAACUCACCGGUUUUGUCGUCAUUCUGGUUAAUGUGAUCACGGUCGCCGCUUGGUCGUCCACCUGACAACAUAAACAACACUUUUAGGAAUACGAAUACACACUUUUAAGUAACCAGAUGACACGUUUAAAAGUAGCCGUCGAUACCUUUGCCUUUGUCGGGCUUGUAGUUGUCAUCUUUGCUGACAUCAAUUAGGUCGCUGUCGGAAAAUCCUCCUGGAAACAAAUAAAGACUUCAGAUUGCUCCAUCAAUAACUUUCACAAAACCUUAAAGGCCACAAAUCCUUAUGGGAAACAUGAACAUGUCUUUGCCUUUUGCUGUGCGUUCUAAAACUUGGGAAAACUUCCAAUGUUUUAUACUUGUACUAUAUACAUACUGUGACCAUGCACUAACAGGUAUAUUCAUGAUAACUUUAAUACUAAUACUACUUUUUGCAUAUUUUGAUGAUUUUAAUCAUUACCGGAACUUAUUUCCUGGGUGCACUGAUUUCACUGAGUCCAUAGAUAGGAGCUAAUGCUAUUUCCGUCAACAAUAGCAGGGUGGAAAAAGCAUGCUAAUCGAUGUUAAGGCUUUGGUUGUAUGUUGAGGGGGACAAAGAAUUGUUAGCGCUAAACAAACCCUGCAGCGGCACAAACAUUUUUCCACCAAUGACUGACUGACUGUCCAUCCAGUCACUACACCAGAAAAAUAGUUCUUCGUGUUAACUGCUACAGUAACAAUAUCACUGUAGCUUGGUUUAUAUACAGGUCAGUUAUGUAAAUAGAACAUUGUUUUAGAGCUUUAUUAGUCAAAAUGGGUGCGUCUCAUUACGUGCGUUAUCUCCCAAUAUGCUGGCUGUUUUUCUCUCUUUAGAACGCACAGAAAAUGGAAAGAUGUGUGCUCAACUUUUACAUAAAAGAUUGUGGAUGAUUGACAAAAUUUAAAGUAAAAAUGCAAAAGUUUUUGAAUUAUGUUACAUAUUAUUAUGUAACAGAAAUAUGUGUCCCGGGAGCCUGAUUUUAGCACCAAACCUGAGAAAAAUCGACUUCCUUGCUCUACUUUUGCAAGAAGAAGAAGAAACUCAAACACUUGCUUUUUUUGUCACUUCAUUUAAAAAAGAAUUAAAAAAAAACUGUAUUAUGGAAAGCAGGAAGUGAACAAAUGCAACAGUUACUGAUUGUAAAAGUACCAGAUGGAGGGGACUUAAUAAGCUUUGCUUCUUCCGACUCCUUUUGGACAUGUGGAACUGUGAACUGAUUAUGUGAUGCAUUCAAUUGUAAUCUGAUGCAUGUUCAAAUGAAAUAAAACCAUUACCAAUUAAAAGCAAAAGCAGGCUUCGCUACACAUCUUUAAAUGCAUCCUGGAACAGCCACAAACGUGGGUGCUACAGUUUGCAUUUGAUCAGUUUUUCUUCAGUGAAU